CGGGCCGGGAAACGGCGGCGAUGGAGGCGAGGGGCUCGGCGGGCGGCGGGAGGCCCGUGAAGGGCAUCCUGAAGAACCGCUCUGGCAGCGGCGGCGCCAGCGGGCGGGGCCUGGCCGACUCCGAGGCUCUCUCGCAGGCGUUGCCGCUGCCGCCCCCCGGGCCGCUCCUGCAAGCGCAGCCGAGCAGCGAGAGCCGCGGCGAGGAGCACGGGAAGAAGACGCAGAAGUGGGACGAGAUGAACAUCCUGGCCACCUACCACCCGCCCGGGAAGGACUACGGGCUGAUGAAGAUCGACGAGCCCAGCACGCCCUACCACAGCCUGAAGGAGGAGGACGCCGGCAGCGACGCCGAGGACAGCCCGGUGCCCACGGCGGACGUCCUCGCCAAAAAGUUGGCAGCGGCAGCACAAGGGCAGGGCCCCAAAAUCCUGGCAAGGCAGGAUGACAGCAGUGACGAGGAGGAGGAGGAGGAUGAGGUAGACUUAACUCCAGAAGAAUUGGAGAAAAAGAGGCAGUUUGAAAUGAAGAGGAAAAUGCAUUACAACGAAGCGCAGAACAUCAAGCUGGCCAGGCAGCUGAUCGCAAAGGAAAUGCACGGCGAGGCUGCUGAGGAGGAGGAGGAGGAGGAGGAUUGUGAGGAGGAGGAGGAGGAUUGUGAGGAGGACGAGGAGGAGGAGAUGCAGGAUGAGUGUAAAACAAGUACAGAAUCAGUAACUGCUCCUAGCGACCCGUGUGAGAACGUUGCACACAGCCUGGAAGAAGUCUGCUCAGGACUGUAACCGCUUCCAAAGCCACCCUUUUGUGUUCCUUGCCGCAUCACCCUUCUGCGGGUCUGUUUCAACAGGUUGGCUUGCACUUUGGUAUUUGACGAAAAUGGUGGUGAUCUCAAGGUUUUCUGUUUGGCAAUGAAAAUGUUGCUGAUGUGGCUGGUUCUAGUGGUCACAGAAGAUGGUUUCGCUGUUCAUCUGCUGAAGGACACAGUGUGGGGCAGCGCCAGUGAGCCAGGCCCAUCGGUGUCACUCCUUUCUCUGGUUUGAACCUGCAGAAUACCUGGACACUUUGUUUUCACUUUUGUCAUGCUGUAGUAUUUGAGUUACACACAAAGGUCCCCAUAAGGGCUUGAUGUGAAUGCGCGGUACUGCAGCUAGGAAAAAGAAUGAGCCCCUUGGCACCCGACGAGGCCUUUUGCAAAAGGGAUUAAUGGAAGAGUUCCCCCCUCCCCUCCCGCAGAGUUUGCAUCUAGCUGGUUCGGAGAGGCAGGCAGUUCUUGCCUCGGCGGCCUGCCGAAAGGGAAAAGCUGGACGGCAUUCCCAGCUGCAGUGUUCCAAAGCGGGAGACGAUCAGCCCGUCUAGGUAGCCGCUGUAGCUUUUUUUCCAACUUGAGUGGGCCGGGAUUGGGAGCAUUGCACGGGCUCCUCCAUCAGGCCCUCUGCUUCUCAGGGUGCCUUCCCCCGUGGUCGAAGGGUCUGCCAGCCUCUAGAAGAUAAAACCAGGUUCAACACCCCCAUCCCCGUGCUGCCUGUUGGCUUUCCUUCUCUCUCUGGCGGGGCCUGUGGAACAGCCUAACUGGCCUCCCGCUCAUACAUAUAUAUAUCCAUGCAUCUAUGGAUGUGUGGAGAGACACCAAUUACCGGACAGAAUUUCUGAGGGCGGCAUUCUCCAGCAGUCCCAGUUGACGGUAGCACCAGGCAGGCAGAGAUCCUCCUCCGAGGAGACUCUGGUGUGGUGGCACAGAGAGAGAGUGCACAGCCCCCUGCUUUUGCUGCGUAGCUAGAAGAGGCAGCAUUCCCACAGCCCUCUCUUGCCCUGUGGUCUCUCUUCGGCAACCUCUCCACCCACCCUCCCCGCGUCAUGAAUGAAACUGAAUCAAACAGCUGUUUUGUAGUUUGGCCUUCCUGAUUUUCUUACGCCUUGGAAGAGGGAGGUGCAUCUGUGGGUCAGCUAAUGUUUGUAAAAUGAUUGGGAAUGUUCUGACGAGCUGAAGUUGCCCGGAAAACACCCCGGUUGUGCUACUGAGUUUGCUCCUCCACUUCUGGGUUCCAUUUCACUGGCUUGUUUCCUCCAUGUAACUGUUUUAUUGAAGUAAAGAAACCACCAAGUGUA